CACGGAGUGGUUAUAUAUUUGGUGAGUUGAGCAUACCGAACGAAUGGAUAUCCGCGGAAGUGUAGUAUUGUGUGAAUUAAGAGAUAAGUAAAAUAUUAAUAUAGAUGUGUGAAUAAAAAAGUGAAAAGUGCGGAAAGUGCUACAAGUGGUACAAGCAGAUUUCUGUAAUGGUCGAACCAACCCUCAAAUUGUCCAAUGGCCCCAACGCCCUGUGCAAGGUAUGUGGCGAUCGGGCUUCAGGAAAACAUUACGGGGUGCCAUCGUGUGACGGUUGCCGAGGAUUUUUCAAGCGUAGCAUCAGAAGGUACACCUUAAAUCUCGAGUACGUAUGCAAGGAGGGUGGAAAGUGUAUCGUUGAUGUUUCCAGACGAAACCAGUGUCAGGCGUGCCGUUUCGCGAAGUGUCUCCAGGCGAAUAUGCGCCGAGAAGCUGUUCAACACGAGCGAGCCCCCCGCAACUGUGCGCCUUUCUCCGCCAUCAACGCAAUGAACCCAUCCGAUUUCUACGCUCCCCGUCCGUUCACAAUGCCACAGACAAAUCUGUUCUUUCCUCUACCGCUGCACAUAACUGCGUCGUCAGCAUUCACCCCAAUGGAUACCAGCCGAUUCAUAUCGCCCUACGGAGGAACAACGAUGUUUGAUCACUUCCCACCGACAGCAUUCGGUACGUCCACCGUACCGAACAUUUCCAACCAGAAAACAUCGGAAAAAAUCCUUUCGGAAUCCAUUUUCACCAAGAUCACUGGGGAUAUGGCUUCCCUGCAGUCCCCACCCGUGCACUCUAUCAGCUCCAUUCUGAACUCCAGCGUUACAGCCAAAGAGAACGAAGUAAGCAGCUCGGAAGAAUGCACCAACCAACCGACGGGGGCGACAACGAUUGAAAAAACAGAAACGGAUAUACUGUUUGAAACGGCGGCCAAGUUACUAUUUCUAGCGGUCAAAUGGGCAAAAUCGGUACCGUCGUUUCUUCAGCUGCCAGCAGGGGAUCAAAAGGUGCUGCUGGAGGAAUCCUGGGCAGAGCUGUUCGUAAUCACGGCGGCUCAGUGGGGAUUGCCAAUUGACGGAGAUUUCAUCGUUCGUAACCCAUCCGCCAUCAGACUACAAACCGCCAUACAACAGUUUGCGCUAGCACGUGUCGACUAUCGAGAAGCGGCCUGUUUGAAGGCUUUAAUACUGUUUCGGUCUGAUCAUGCCAAUCUUUACUCAGCGCACGAAGUUCUUCUGCUGCAGGAUCAAACGAUCGGUCUGCUACACGAGAAGUGCGGCGGUGUUCGGUUAGGUCAUCUGCUACUGCUGCUACCGGGGAUCAAAUCGGCGGCUAAUCCAAAGAUUUUGCAGGAAAUGCUGUUUCGGAAAACCGUCGGAGAAGUUGCCAUCGAACGGCUGUUACUGGAUUUGAUGAAAACGUAA